CUUGCAAAAACACUCUACAUCCCAUCCAACAAUAUUCAUUAAUUAACGCCUUCCAAUGGCCCCAUCUACAAGCUCUUCUUCCUCCUCCAGUUCUAUCUCCGAAAAAACACUCACAGGCCUCGGAAACUUAAUCAAGCUCCUUCCAACAGGCACAGUCUUCGUGUUCCAGUUCCUCAACCCCGUGUUAACAAAUAACGGCAAUUGCAGCACCGUCAGAAAAUACCUGACGAGCUUUCUCAUCGGCCUUUGUGGCUUGUCAUGCGCCUUCUCUUGCUUCACCGACAGCUACAAAGGCAGCGAUGGGAAGACUCACUAUGGAAUUGUGACUACCAAAGGGCUUUGGCCCUCCGCCGACUCGGGUUCGGUGGACUUGUCGAAAUAUAAGCUGCGUUUUGGUGACUUUGUCCACGCCUUCUUUGCCGUCAUCGUCUUCGCUGUGGUGUCUCUUUUGGACUCCAACACUGUGGACUGCUUUUAUCCCUCUUUUGAGUCCAGUGAGAAGAUUUUGCUGAUGGUGUUGCCUCCCGUCAUUGGUGCUGUUUCUGGUGCGGUUUUCAUGGUGUUCCCUAACAAUCGCCAUGGAAUUGGGUACCCUUCAUCUUCUUCAACUGACUCUUCAGACAAUAAGUCUUAGGCCAUAAUAAUAAUACGUCUGAAAUCAAAUUUCAAUUUGUUUGGUCGCCGAGAAAGAAUGAAGAUCUUGGUUCCUCUUUUUACAUUGUUUUAUUUUCCGAGAAAAUUUGCUUCUUUUUUCGUUCUUUGUGUGUAAUUUCCCCCUGUCAAAUUAUAUCUUUGAUCUUCUUCAUUUGUCUAAAGUUAGUGUCAUUGUGAUUUAUUAUAAUGAAGUUCAUAUUGUCAAA